AUGUAUUCUGUAAGAGCUGAAUACAACCCAAAACAUGAUUUGUUGGAUCAAGAGUUCAUGUUGAAAGGAAAAUGGUACCAAAGAAAGGACGUUGAGGUUCAAAACAGUAGGGGAGAUGUUCUUCAAUGUAGUCAUUACAUGCCCAUUGUUAGUCCCCAAGAAAAGCCUCUGCCCUGUGUAAUAUACUGUCAUGGAAACAGGGUUGAUGCUAGUGAAGCGGCUAUUAUAUUGCUGCCUUCAAAUAUCUCAGUUUUCACUCUUGAUUUCUCAGGAUCCGGCCUUUCUGGAGGAGAUCACGUCACUCUAGGACGGAAUGAAAAAGAUGAUCUCAUGGCUGUCGUUAAUCAUUUGCGGCAAGAUGGAAAUGUCUCUUUGAUUGGCUUAUGGGGCCGUUCAAUGGGUGCUGUCACUAGUGGUGUUAAGACCUUCCCAUUUACUUAUCUACCAUUGGUGAUGUUUCGCAGCCUGAUGUAUGGAGCUGAGGAUCCCUCAAUUGCAGGAAUGGUUCUCGACAGUCCCUUUUCUGAUUUGGUUGACCUGAUGAUGGAACUUGUGGAAACUUACAAAUUUCGUUUACCCAAGUUCACUGUCAGUUUUGUCGUUACAGGGGUGAAAUUUGCUAUCCAAUACAUGCGAAAAGCUAUCCAGAAAAAGGCAAAGUUUGAUAUUAUGGAUCUGAACACCAUUAAGGUGGCAAAAUCAUGCUUUGUUCCAGUUUUAUUUGGGCAUGCCAUUGAUGAUGAUUUCAUACGCCCUCAUCACUCAGAUCGUAUAUUUGAAGCUUACAUGGGAGACAAGAACAUUAUCAAGUUUGAGGGAGAUCACAACUCUCCACGACCACAAUUCUAUUAUGAUUCAAUAAACAUUUUUUUCCACAAUGUUUUACAACCUCCUGAGGAUGAGGUGGGGGUAACAUACUUUGAAACGAUGCAUGAUUACUUUGGUAAGGAUAGUUGGAGCACUUUGCAUGAAGUAUAUAACCCAGAAUCUUCAGCUGUACAUAAAGAACCAUCAUCAAGCAGCACAGCAGAUGCCAUUGAACAAGUUCGGUCCAAAAAUCCCAUGAGUCGGAUGGAGGUUCCUAAGGAUAUUCAACAUAAAGACAAUCAAUCUGAAGUUGAGGUAUCCUCUUGCUCUUUGCAACAGAUGGCAGUAGUGACAGUUCAGCACAUUGGUUGUCUAGUUCACUCUAUGAACCAUAUGACCUGA